ACCAGCCCAGGGGCCCAUCCUGGUCCCUUGCCUCUCAAAUGGUGUACUUUUUUCUUGCGCUCUGGCAUCUUCCGCCUGCAUUUCUGCUUCUGGAAAAAAGACGCUGGGAAGACUCCGCCGGUGGCCGCCUAAGCGCUCUCUUGCUGCAUUCAACUCCUUGUCUGUUUUCCACAGUCAUCAGCAGUGUUAGAGUCUCGUGUAUGAAGAAUACAGAAGUUAUGUAGUGCUCCAGGGCCUCUAAAAGUUAGAUGUUGGAGAAGCAUUUGACCCUGAGCAACUCUGGUUGGGGCCAUAGGAAGCAGAUACCACCCCUUAGACUGGUUGCAAGUAGAAAGGCAGGCUAGUUGGGGGCUGGCUGACGGCAGACGGGUUGGUGGGGCAGUUCCCUGUUCACCCUAAGACAGUGGAUUCCAACCUGUGUGCCGUGGCACCCUGGGGUGCCUUGAAUGAUGGUCAGGGCUGCCCUGGGCAACACUGGCCUCUGUCCCUCUUUCCUUCCCUCCCUCCUCUGAUGCCCUCUUGCGUCUCUGCCUCCCAAAGGCUUGCACAGCUGUUUGUGGCUGUAGCUCUGGCUACAAGCUUCCCAGGCGAAUGGUGCUUCUGGGGCUGGCCUGUGGGGCAGUAUGAGGAGGCACCUCUCUUUGGGGUGGGGCAAGCAGCUCAGAGACCGGGGCGGCUGCUGCAACUGCCCAGAGGACUCCCAAAGAAAGAGGAGAGGAGGAGAGGACUCCACAAGGGACAAUGUUUGAAAAAGGGAAUGGCUGGGAGCUUAGCUACCCUACUCCAUGAUGGUGUUAUGAAUCCAGCUGAAGUGGUGAAGCAGCGCAUGCAGAUGUACAACUCUCCGUACAAGACGGUCCUGGAGUGCAUCCGGACGGUGCAUCGGACGGAGGGGAUGGGCGCUUUCUACCGGAGCUACAGCACCCAACUCACCAUGAACAUCCCCUUCCAAGCCAUUCACUUCAUGACCUAUGAGUUCAUGCAGGAGCAGAUCAACCCCUGCCGGCAGUACAAUCCAAGCACGCACAUCAUAUCGGGGGCUGUGGCUGGGGCUGUGGCGGCCGCCGCCACGACUCCCCUGGACGUCUGCAAGACUCUCCUCAACACGCAAGAGAACGUGGUGUUGAGUUCUGUGAACGUUAGCGGACAUCUCUCCGGAAUGGCCAAUGCCUUUAGGACAGUGUACCAGCUGGGGGGCAUCGCUGGGUAUUUUAAGGGGGUCCAGGCAAGGGUGAUAUACCAGAUGCCUUCAACUGCCAUUUCCUGGUCUGUGUAUGAAUUCUUCAAAUAUGCACUUACAAAGCGUGAACUGGAGAAAGGGACGCCGUGCUGACAUGUCCUGGUGCUGCAGCUGCAACCCAGAACCUCUGAGACGGCAGAGUCCCUUUGUGGGGGUGCUGGAAUUCUCCAGGGCUCUUUAUGUGACUGUGUAAAGGUUUCUGGUAGAUUCACCCCUGGGGUCUGCUGUGUGUGUGUGUGUGUGUGCGUGUUUUUCUUAGAUGCUAGAGAAAUUGAUUCUGUACCUUCCCCCCUGCUUUUGUUUAACCAUAUUGUGCAAGGAUUGCUUGGCUUGAACAAGUAUUUAUAGUUUUAUUUGGAGUUUAUAACUGUGACCAGUUUGUACAGGGUUCUACAAGGCCUACUUGUUUCUGCCUUGAAGUGCUUUUGAGGGCUGCCCCUGAGGGGCAAAGAGAGUUCUUGUGGAUUGGACUUUCCCCUCUUUGAAAAUGUAAAAGAUUGAGCCUUUUAGCUGAACAAAGUUCUAUAUAGAGAAAUUACGCAAUAUAAAUUGAUGGAUAAUGUUUAUCCUUUUAUUUUUCUAUAUCAGUGAGUUGGGUGGCUUUUAAGAGUUUAGCAGCUGAACAAGAGUUCUUUUUGUGUGUGUGUCAGAAGAGGCUUCUGCACUAUUUUGAAAAAUUGCGAAUAGCUUUAUCCCCUCUUAAACCAGAAUGGCUUUGAUCAUCGCUUCUUGUCCAGUCUCAUAGUUGUAAAGAAUUCUCAAUCCUUAAACAGCUCCUUAAAUUCUCCUGAAACUGGAUACUCAAAGAGGCAUAGGACUUUGAAAUCUUAAGAAGCUGCCUUAUGUGAGUCAUUUCCCUUUUAAUGUAUUGGGAUCGGUAGGCACUUCUGGAAACUUCAACCAGUUUUGACCAAUACCGAGUAGAAGACCAAGAGUACGUAGUUUUGCAUAAAACUGUGUUUUAGCAAACCCUUAAAUGCCUCUGAUGGUACUUUAAAACCAAAUUGCAUCUCCGUUUCUGAACAGGUGUUGUGUGACUUUUCCCCACUAAGACCCCUGUGCCUGUCCAAGACCUUUUGCAGUUGUGUGUGUGUGUGUUUGCAAAUUUCACUCCUGCAAGUGUGCUGAGGGGUGGAGCAUCAGUUUACAUUUCCUUAGGAAAACUUGCCUUGAAUCACUGCUUAGUUUUUGUUUUUUAAAAAAGGAAAAGGCAAAAAAGACUGACAAGAAAAGGCAGCUCUUUGUUGCGGUACAGUUAUAAUGCCUCUGAACCAAAAAGCCUUUGCAGAGGCAGAGACAAACUUCACUCCCCCCCAAAGAGAGAGCAGUGAUGUUGCUCUUGGCCCUCUGGCCUGUACAAAUGAAGGUAUGUAGAGUUAGUUCUAACACUUGUGAUAGGUUUCUGUCUGCUUUUUUAUGAACAUGUACAACUUUUGUGCUGUCCCAGAAAUGUUGUGUCCAUACAAAGAGUACAGUUUACAGUGGUACCUCUAGUUACGAACUUAAUUCGUUCCAGAGGUCCGUUCUUGACCUGAAACUGUUCUUAACUAGAGGCGUGCUUUUG